UUGCCGCGCGCCGACAUGUCCAGGAACAGGAAGUCGGCAGAGGGGAAAAAAUCCUGCAGAAGGGAAAAGUUUGGAUGUGAUGAAAAAUGAGCCGCAUUUAUCACAACGAGUCUCUGCAGAACAAGCCGGUGCACAGCGAGCAGGUGGAGCAGGUGUGGGCUCCGUCUGCCUACGACAGUGGCCCCGGGGUUCUUCUGGAAGGCCGGCUGCUGGAUGUUUCCAGACAUGCCAUCACAGACGUCCACAACCACAAGAGCCGUUUCUACGUGCUGUACAUCAAACCUGGGCGCAUCCACCAGCGCAGAUUUGAUGCCAGCGGGAAGGAGGUCGAGCCAAACUUCAGCGACACCAGGAAGGUCAACACCGGCUACCUCAUGUCCUCCUUCAAGGUGGAGGCUAAGGGGGAGACGGACCGUCUGUCCGAGGAGCAGCUGGCUCAGAUGGUGAACAAAGCAGAGCUGCUGAAAAUGACCGACAGGCACCGACCCAGUGGGGCCUUUGCCUUCUGGUACCCAGAGUCAGAGAUGGACAAAACAGAGCUGGAGAUGGGACAGGACGUGCGCCUGAAGACCAGAGGAAACAGCCCUUUCAUCUUCUCCUUGGCUAAAGUGGACGGAGGCACGGUGACCAAGUGCAACUUUGCUGGAGAUGAAAAAGCCGGGGCAUCGUGGACGGAUAAGAUCAUGGCGAACAAAGCAGCGGCAGCCAGCGAUCCAAAAGCUGGAGCAGAAGGGGAGGGAGCCGAGGAAGACGAAUGGGAUGACUGAGGAACAAAUGUGGCCCAACUCUGUUUACAUUCAGCCUGAGCCGCUGGUGCUGCUCCGGGCUCCAGGUCCACACAGCUGAACCUGGCUCAGCUCGCACCCUCUGUCGGACCCCUACUUUUCACUCUGGACGUGGACCUUUGGCCAAGCUCGCAUGUGGGACUGGAGCCGGAAGCCCCUCUCUCUUGUUUGGAGCUGGGCUUUCUGCGCUGCUAUCUGAUCUAGACUGCACCCCUGCUUCCUGUGUGUUUUGGAUCCCUGUAUGCAUAAAAAAUAAUCACGGGUCUCUAUCUCGGUGCAUUCUGUCUUCUUGGCUUAGUCCUGCACUCCUUGUCUUGUCUAAAUGUGGGUCGAGCCAGAGCAAAACAUGUUAUUUAGAAGAUUUGAUAUUAUACGUGUUGAUUUGGGAGUACUGUCGAGGCUUUUUAACAGGCUGAAUCCCCUGAUAAAAGAUGCAAAUAUGGGUUGUUUUGUUAAGCAGCCGAGCCAAGUUCAGCAAACCUCACCAGAAUUACAGCCUUUGCCAAAAUGCACUUUUGGUAAAUUUCAGUGUCACUGUCUCAGCGCCUGCUUGCUGUUCCAGCCAAAACCAUGAAUGGUUACCUGGUAGGCGGCUAAAGCAGCCACCAGCUCUAUAAGAGUGAAAAUAAGCUUUCCACAGACCACAGUUUCCCAUGGCCUUUUUUUUUUAUAUCACAGCCAUAGUAAGGAGCUUUAUCGUCUUAUAUGUGCUCUGUAUAAGAUUUAAUAAAUAUUAUCUGUAGUAUCUUGACUAUGCAAAAUAUCUGAAGAAUUAUAUUGUAUGAAAUCGUGCUAUUAA